AUGACUAUAGGGCAAUUUCACAAUGAUCAGAAGUUUGCACUCUUGACUCAGAUAUGGCCAGGAAUGCUGCGCGCGGAUUUUGACACAUACGGCCACCUUUACGAAAAAUACUAUCUGUAUCUUGACGAUCAGUUCUCAUCGGUCCAACAGAAACCAACUUUAUACACUGCACGUACUGUUGGAGAUCUCGGCGAUUUGAUUCAUCGUAUUCAAGGGCCAAAUAAUAUGGCAAAGGCCGAUAUUACAGCCCAUCAAUCCCAGGCAUCAUAUAACACCAUCGACAUAGCCGUUCGCAUGUGGUUGACGAUUCAUGUUCAACACUCAAACACCCAUUCGCCUGAAUGCUUUCACUGGCCUGAAAACGAGAUUCUAUCAGACGCCCUCGAUGAAUGGCUAAAUCAGAAUAUUUUAUCGAAGCGACAUCUAGUUGACGGUAAUUUCCGCCAGAUUCCCCAGGACUUCUCGAUUCCCAAUCUGAUUCGAUAUUAUGAGAUGAAGUUGAUCUGGACUAGCGAUUUACUACAGCAUUUAAAGGUUGACUGGGAACACAACCAGAUAAAGGUUUACGAGCAUGGAAUAUGUUUACGAAACCAUAUGCAAAAUCCUGGCUUGUGUCCUUUCCCGGAGGAAUUUGUCAGAGAAGCAGUUGACACACUAGUACUGCUAUUCCCCAGAGGCAAGGAUACAGACGACCUCUUAUCAAAAGAGAAAAGGUCGAUCUUAGACGUUCCGUAUGGUCGUUCAAGAUCAUUGGCCUUUUCGAAUUACCACUACUGGAGGCUGAAUCUUUCUGAACUGGUCACUUACUGGGAAAAGGGCCCCAAGGGGAUAUCCCAGGUAAGGCUCAAGCCAGACCAUGGAAAUUUGAUGGAAUACAUUACCUUUUGGGUAGCUACACUUGUUCUCUUUCUGACGAUUCUGAGUAUUGCGUUUGGAGUGGCUAGUCUGGUGUUUGCAAAGAAAGCGUUGGAUGUGAGCAUUCGGUCGCUCGACGUGAGUGUUCAGUCGUACAAUCUGGCGCUAGCUAUAGCUUGUGCAGAAAAGAAUGCGACAGAGACUCUGCCUGGUUUCUGUAAGUAG